UGUCAGCUUAUUUCUCUGGAAGCGAUGGAAACAUGGAAGGCAUAACCACAACUUAGCAACGGCAAAAAGUCACAGUUUGAGAACCAAGUUCAAUAUUACGACGAUGAAAUAGCUGUACAAAUGGCUUACUAUGCUUCACAAUGUUUUCCUGCGAGAAAUCUUCUGAGAUUUAAGCAAAAUUCUGACGGAGGAGCAUGGCUUAUAGCAUAUAGGGAAGAGCAGAGUAGAAGAUUUGAUGCUGUCUUGUGCCCAGAUGCAAAGACAGAGCAAAGACGAAAAGCACUUAAAGAGAAAAGAACUGGAAGUUGCUCAAAUAAUUCUUUCAAACAUGAGACUUAUGUUGCCCUGAAUGGAAUCUACCUGCUAAAAAAUGCAAAUGUUGACAAUCCUUCUGAUGUUGCCUACCUCAAUAUAUCUGGCAAAAGUCUUGCUGUGAGCACAUAUGAAGACUUUGUUUUGUUUGACAACGUUAUACAUAUUGAAGCUAAUGAGAAUAAUCUGACACUUGAAACAUUCAGAACCUUUCCAGCCCUCCGUGAACUUGAACUGCAGCUAAAUAACAUUAGAUCUAUGUGCAUUACAUCAAACGACUUCAAAUCUUUGGAGUUUUUGGAUCUAUCUUUCAAUAACAUUACCGAAGAAGAUAUACUCAAGCUAGGGAUGCUUACCUCUUUGAGAUGUCUUUAUUUAUCUGGGAAUGGUCUGAAACGUCUUCCUGUUGACAUGGCACACAGCUUUAGUGCAACAGAAAGCCAAGAAGAGACUGCGACUUACAGAAGCCGUUUUCAGUCACUAGAGGUUUUGUAUCUUGAUGAAAAUAAGUUUGAAGACACAUCCAUAUUCGCAAGUCUCGCUGCACUGAAGCGACUUCGUGUUCUGAGCCUUUCGAAAAACAACCUUCGGUGCAUGCCCCAUCUGCGACAACUAGCAUCUCCGCCGAACAAGCCUCAUUUAAUCCCAUGUGGCAAAACUGACAUCACCCAAAGCCAGCAACAAACUGAUUCGGAGACACAGCCGUUUACCCAACCAAGUGAACCAACAACAGAGCUCCCUGAUGAAUUGACAGAACUUCCAAGGGAAUUGACAGAGCUCUCUAAGGCAUCAAGAAACCAACCAAGGUAUGAAGAUACUGCAGCAGACUCCAACGAGUAUUUCCAGUCCGCAAAUUGUGUUGAUAUAGCAACUGAGGAGCAAUUUGAGCAGGGCCAAUCAGAACUUAAAGCAGAACAUAGAGAUACGCUUGAACUCGAAGCGUUGCUAGGUUCAGAUCCGGACCUUGAGAUUCCAGGUGGAAGGUCCAACAUUAAACUAGAAAACGCGCUUGCAGCUGGUGACUCUAAUUUUGAUUCAACAGAUUUGGAUCUUUCGAAAGAUAUUCCGGAGUAUCCAUUCCAGAAUCUCGAAAUACUAGACAUAUCAUACAAUAAGAUAGCAGAAGAACACGUGCUCUUGCCAUUGACGGCAUGGCCGAGUUUGCUGCAAGUCAACUUAUGGGAAAAUCCUUUAACGAAAAAAUGCAAAGGAACUCCGCCAUUGUUGAAUCAUCAUCUCACGAAACUUUGUGGAAUACAAAUCAAUAGGAAGGAGCCUAAGAAGAUGCAUAAGCCUGCCAUUGGACCUAAAAUAGCACCAGCUGUGCGUCAUAAUAAAGUGAAUGACAUUUUGCCACCCAUGAGAAGGAAAAAUAUGCUGAUGCUCGAAUUUGAGUCGUAUGAAGCUGCCUUGCAGAACGGCUCAUUAUACGGGGAGCCACUGCCCCCUAUAACGCCAACUAAAGAGAAACAGAGGUCAAAGGAAUUGCGAGAUAGCCGCAGUGCUCCUGCUCAUCCUAAAGCCAGGCAGAAUUCACCUGCAUUUGAUUCAUCAACCAACAGGCCCCAUUCAGUUGCUGCUGACCAGUUUUUUGGUCCGAUUAAAACUGGCGAGGAACAGGGAAAUGCAACAGAGGCAAUGGCAUCUGGCAGCAAAGCAACGGUGAUGCACAGAGCGCAGAUGGCGUUUUUCUUACUCAGGUUGAUGUCAACGAUGAGGCUGGUAAUAGUGAAGGUAGCUUUGAAGAGACCUUUACAGAGGCUGAUGUCUAUGAGCAGGAAGAAAUGUCUAAAAACAACGCGGAAGUUUAUACUCCUGCCGACCAGACAAAUGAUACGUACGAAGCUAUUGCGCAUCGAAGGACCAGUAGAUGAAAUGGACACACCACCUGCCGUGGAUUUAAGGGGGAAUAUUAAAGCACUGAAAAAUGCAUUGAACCAUCCUCUUGUUUUCAAUGAGCCAACUGCGAAGGAGCAGGAGAAACAGACAUACACACGACGUAGCCAGGGCAGUGAGAAAAAAUCUCCAAUGAGAACCAAACGUGAUAAGGUCAACACUGCAUUGGAAAAGAUGAGAACAAGAAAUGACGCUGUUGAGGAGAAUCUAGAUGUUGUUCUACAAAAGUAUGAUACUGACCCUGAAACCAGAAAAAAGUUCCCGGAAGUGAAGACACUUUUAAAGCAGGUCCAGUCUAAAUAUAACGAAGUUAGGCAAGCAUCCUUGGAAUCUGCUACCACAGCACAUGCAAUUUUGCAUGGAACAAACACACACGACGCUGAUCUAAAAUAUGCUCCUUCACACCGAAAGCCUUCGCAAGGAGAAGGGCACCCGGAGAGGUUUGUGAGGGAUAAAAGAGGUAAGCUAUCAGCGCCUAUCAACGUUAACAAAGAUUCGCACCUGCUCGAUGUUGGCAACGAGCUUGAAAGAUUCAAAGAACGUGUUGGAAAGAGAAUUUAAAGGAUGUAUGUAAGUUUGUAAAUAUUUGCUUAAAGUUAUCGUUUUAUUGUACUCCUCGAACAUGACUAAAGUUGUACAUACUGUAAAGUUACUUGCAUAUACACUCACGAAUCAACAGAAA